CAACAACAAAAACUCAUAUUCACCAACUACGGCUGUACUAUAAAGUGAGAUAACGGCGAGAACUUCUAUUUGGCUUUUGAAACCCAUAGUUUGUUUGGCUCGCUGAGUGAUUGGCGUUUGAUUAAACCAAUAGUAACAGAGUCUAUAACAUGACCGCGAGAUAUCUGACCAAUUGGGUCUUCAAUGGGCGGGGUAACACACCCCGCUAACGUAAGCGUUGCUAGUAGGAAGAAGAAGCCGAUUCUGGAAGCCAUUACGUUGCGCACAUCAGUUGAGUAAAUCCUACUAUUUUUGCGUACAAUACGCACAAUUACCUCUCUAAAAGAGGAAUUUCUGCAAUUAUGGCAUCGGUCGCGAAAAAGAGAAAAAUGAAUUUUUCGGAGAGAGAGGUGGAAAUUAUUGUGGAAGAAAUUGAGAAACAAAAGCACACACUGGUUAACCACUUCAAUGCUGGAGUCACCCACAUGGCAAAGAAUAACGCGUGGGGGGACAUUCUGAAAAAGGUGAAUGCUGUCACCACCUGUCCCAGAGAGCUGCCCGAGGUGAAAAAGAAGUGGUCCGACAUGAAGACGGAGGUCCGACGUAAAGUGGCCCAGGCGCGGGCUGCUAUAGAGGGGACCUCCGCUGACUGCACUCCAGUUCCCGUCAUCCUCACUGCUAUGCAGCAGAGGAUCUGUAACCUCCUGGGGGAGGCCACCAUCAUCAGCUUACCUGCAGGAGACUCUGAUGCUGAGAUAACUUUACCUGUUACAGUGAACACCGCCACCACCGUCACACUAACAGAAACUCUUCCAGCUGGCUCAGCUACGGUCUGCGAUGAAGCAAAGCCACUGAAUGCCGAAACAACUUACCACACUCUUGAAGACGGAGGCGUGGUGGAGUACUGCACCACCACUGUAGGUGACUCCGCUCCCACAGUGGUGGCAGCUGUUGAAGCUCCAGUGGAGAUGCUUGCCUCAUCCGCAGCUUCCCCGCCUCCACCACAGGGCCAGGCCAAACCUCAGGAGCUGAAGAGCCGUAUAGCCCUCAACUCGGCCCGCCUUUUGCAGGAGCAGAGAGUCACCAACGUCCACAUCCGACAAAUCGCCCAGCACCUGGAGGGCCAGAACGAGCUGCUGCAGAUGAUGCGGCGCUCCCAGGAGGCUCAGGCAUUCGCUCAGGAGAGACAGGCCCAGGCCCUGGAAGGUACCCAGGCUGCCCUGCUGGCAUUAGUGCAGAUGCUCAGGCCUGCUCUCAAAGACCUGCGCAAAUUCCUGCAGAGUGGGACUGAGGUGGCAAACCCCAGCAGCUCAGCAGCAGCAGCAGCAGCAGCCACAGCUGAUGGGGGAGCAACAGAGGAGCAGAGCAGGCCCAAAACACCUCCACCUCCACCACAGCAAGCUGAGGGGAUACAGUAGGCGCUGUGUGUGUGUGGCACUGCUUCCUGUCUGCAUUUCACACAGAGGAGUCCAUGCACACAGACUACAGAGAACAAUAAAAACUUGUCAAAAGUUGCCUUAGGA